AGCGCAGUUAGCGUUGACGCCGACCGAAGCUCGACUUUUGCGGCGAUUUGUUGUUUUUGUCGAGAGGUUGCUGCUCGGCAAGCCGCAAAUCGCGAAUCGCGAAUCCAGUUUCUUCUUCACUUCUUCGCACGGCAGACGCAGCUUGAAUCGCCAUCGCCGAGCGCAGAAAACUUGCGGAUAAAAGCGAAGAAAAGGAGUGCAGUGUUGCGGAGAGAGAAGAGUAGAUUGCAGAAGAAUUCAUUGGAUCGGAAUCUCCUUGCUGAUCAUAUGACAGAAUGGAGCUGGCUCUAAAAAAGUCAUCGUCCUGCGUGGACUGUUGCAAUGAUUGCACUCUUAUGUCCUGCUGCUCUGCCGCUGCCUGCUGCGACGCUAGCUGCGACGCCAGCUGCGGCUUAAUUCCUCCCGAUCCUGUCAGAUAUGAAUACGAGGAACCUGAAGAGAACUUUGUCUCCAUAGAUGAUGUGAAAAUCAAGGGAUUCCUUUGGAGAAUCGGACAGCAACAGCAAGAAAAGGAGUUGGAACUGAAGAGAAUAAAGGAACAGGAGAAAAGGGAGAAGGAAAGAAGGGAAGCAGAGGCGCAAAAAUACCAGAAGGUAAUCGAACUAGAUGAAGAGGAGGUCCAACCAGGUUUGAUCAUCAGCGCAGCCAGGAGUUUGGCACAUUGGAAUUCUUCCAUAAAAAGGAUAUCCCCAGAUAUCGAACUUAUUCCCAGACAACAGCACAGGAUUGUGGCAGAAAUCGAACUAAGCGAUAGUGAUCAGGAUCCAAUUAGCGAAGGAGAGGAAGAUGUCAAUCUUCCAUCGAACACUGUAAGUUGUGUUUUAAACGAGCAGGAGCAAAAGGAUGGCCAGAGUCAGAAUCCCCAGGAGCAGGUCAUCAUCGUGCAUUCCGACCAAGAGGAGGAGCGAGAGCCAGAACCAGUGAUCAGGAAGAAACCUUCUUCGUCGCGGAGAUCAGCAAAGAAACGUCCAUAUGUCAACAGAAGGGGACGUCACCUGUUCGAGUGUCCUGACUGCGGGAAAAAAGUGCAAUCCAAUUACAAUCUAAGACGUCACAUGAUGAUACAUACAGGUGAGCGGCCUUUUCCAUGCGAUCUCUGCGAUCGUCGUUUUCGGGAGUUUAGUGAUCUUAAAAAACACCGUCGAAGGCACUCACACGAUCCUCGGUUCAUCUGCAUGAUCUGUCAUUUGGGUAAACCUUUGGAGCAGGAUUCCACCAGGUGUGCGGAUUGUGAGAGCAAGAAUCUCAUGGUUAAACCCCAGCCAGAUGAGCUGGGCGACAGAACCAUGGAGGUGAAUGCAGAGGAAAUGGACGAAGACGAGGAGGAGGAAGAGGAUGAGCCAGAGGAAGAGGCACAGCCACAACCAGAAACACCGCCAACUUUGCUGGUCACUUUAAUACCAGCUAUUCAAACUCCACCUGAUAAGGUUCCCCAAGCCACGCAGCCAAGUCGUCCACCACUUCCCCGCAGUUGCAGCAGUGCCAACUCCUCAUCUUCCUUGAGCAAUGAUGGAAACACAUCGGUAAAGCCCAUAAAUCGCAGUCGGAGAUCCUAUCCCUGUCCUUUAUGUCAUCGUCCAUUCGGAACUCGUCAUAAUCUUAAACGGCACUAUAUGAUCCACACUGGAGAAAAGCCGUUUAGCUGCUCCAAGUGUAGAAAACCCUUUAGAGAGUGUUCCACCCUUAAGAAACACAUGGUCACUCAUGUCCGAGAUCGCUGGUACAAGUGUCUCAGGUGUCCCUUAAAGUUCAGGGACUACCUGGAGUACGCUGAUCACAAAACCAGUCAUCUAGAUCAGCUAAAGACUCCAUCCAAUUACGAAAGUGAUGAUGAUGGCGAGAGUUCUAUAGAAGACUGCCUGGAAUGCUGCGAGUGUCAUCAGAGAUUCACGGAAUUGGACGCUUAUACGGCACAUCUCAAGCAGCACGACUUGGAAUUAUACGGGAUGAGUGUGGAUGAUGUGGUGGACGAGGAGCAAGAAGAGGUAGAUGUGGCAUAGAUAGACGGAUUUGUUAUUGAAUUUAACUCUAUUAAUUUUUUAAACCCUUAAUAGUAUUAAAUUGAUCUAAAUAAUCAAAAUCCGUUAUAAUUGAAUUGUAAAUCCAAAAACUUUGUCAAAACAUGGCUUAAAGCUAUUAAUCAUCCUAAAACAUUCCCCAUGCUAAGCAGCUAUCAUGCUACAUUUAAAAUAAGCCUUUUAAAGAAUGUAACUCUAAAGAACUGAAACUGAAAAUUAAAUCCUUGAUCAGGAGCCUUGGUCCAACAUGUA